GUGUCGUUCAUUGCUAGCAAGCUGCUAUCUAGCUAGUGACGUGUUAUUGGCCACUGAUAAUGCUGCUACCAAAACAGCAAGCGAGCCGUAGCUAUGCAAACGUCAUACACAUUAACAAGGAAGACAGCUAAUAUCUACUUCAAAUACGAGGCACUGACUCCUGGUUGACGACCAAGUGGGAAUUGGAUGACAAUGUAUGCACCACCGGGUACCACUGUCCCCGGAAGCCGGCGAAGGAGAGGGGGUACUGCACUGCCCAAGCAGCCAGAGCGAAGCCUGGCUUCUGCCCUCCCCGGAGCACUGUCCAUCACGGCUCUAUGUACGGCCUUGGCCGAACCAGCUUGGGUCCGAGUUCAUGGAGGGACGUGUCCCAAGCAGGAGCUUGGAGUGGCUGAUGUCCUGGGAUACAUUGACCCGAAACUCCUGGAGGAUUAUUGUGUGAACUCCCAGACCAUCUUGCUGCUAAGGGUCAUUGCUGCCUUCUGCUUCCUGGGCAUCCUAUGCAGCUUGAUAGCGUUCCUUUUGGAUGUCUUUGGGCCCAAGCACCCUGCCCUCAAGAUCACCCGCAGAUACGCAUUUGCGCACAUUCUCACAGUGCUGCAGUGUGCCACAGUAAUCGGGUUCUGCUACUGGGCCUCAGAGCUCAUCUUGUCGCUACAGCAGCAGCAUAAGAAGUACCACGGAUCACUCAUCUAUGUCACGUUUGCCAUUAGCUUCUACCUGGUGGCGGGGGCUGGCGGCGCCUCUAUUCUGGCCACAGCUGCCAACCUGCUGCGCCACUACCCCACAGAGGAGGAGGAGCAGGCUCUAGAGCUUCUCUCAGAGAUGGAGGAGAGCAGUGAAACAUAUCCUGCCGAUUAUGACAUUGCCAACCAGUUCCAGCCGCCUCCUGCAUACACGCCUUAAUGUAGCCAGCCUGGCCACUUCUUUCUCUUACAUCCAUGCUUCUCUAUGAGCACAUCUAUUGGCCUUGUCUCAAACACCUACAGAUAUGUGAUCCAAAAACUGUACCCAAUGGAUAUUCUCUGCAAAUACUCUGCUUUCUAUAAUCAACAUCAACACAAAUGGACACACUUAUUUCUUGAUUGUGGGUGCUUGAGUGCAUGAAAGCUUCCUAUUACGGUGGCAGAGAUUCAAUACUUGAUUCGUGUUUUCACCACUGAAGCUUGGCUUUUAGGAAUUUGCAUGUAUAUGUCAUUAAGGACUUGACCCUUACAUGUAAAGCAAGAGAAACUGGCAAUAUAUGGGGUGUUAUUUUAAGAACUGUUGUACGGUUUGGGUCUACACCUGGUUUAUUGAAUGAUCAGAUAUGGUGUGAGACUCAACAUAGUGUAUGACAGUGUUUUAAGUCAUGGCUUAACAAAGGUCAAGUUCAGAAGUUUGGGCUUUUGACAGUGUGGCAUUGGUAUUGGGCAUUGGUUUGAAGUGUUAAAUGACCGCUUAACAUCGAUCAUUUGAGUGAACUUUGACUUGCCUGCCAUGUGAUUAUAAUUGGACAUUUUAUCAGUUAAACCUGAAAGGCACCAAGGUUAAACACACUGAAUUUUAGACAUUUAUUUCUCAAUUGAAAUGGACCAUUAUUUAUUAACUGUCUGUCCCUGGUGUGGUAACUUUUUUUUAUGUGAAUGCAAGGCACUGUUUUGCAUUUUAUUUAGUCUGAACAGUUGUGCAGUUCUGAACUUGGAAGUCAAUAGGUUUUCCGUAUUAAGAUUGGUUAAUCACAGUAGUAGUAAAAAUAGUUGUUUUACAUAAACAUGGCCAGUGAUUGAGGCCCAAAUUGUUAUGCAAGUAAUUAAUUGAAAGCCAAGAGAAAUGUAAAGUUUUUCAUGGUUCUGCAAUGUACGUUAUUCACAUUUUUUGGAUAUUGGACAAAUAGAGGAACAUUAUUUUCUCUUUUUAACAACUGGCAAAAAAGGGUAGUAUGCCAUUGUAGAUGUAGACUCAUCCUCUGUCCACAAUGCAUUGGUCAUUUCAUAAAUUCAAUCAUUUCACUCAAAUGUAUCCAACUGAAUGACAACUUUUAUUUGUACUUUGUGAUUACUUAACUUGAGUUAUGUGUGUUGACUGUGCAUGAGUUCUUCCCCCUGACCCUCAGGAUUGUGAGAAUCUUAUUGAAAUCUUUUGGGAUGGAAUACUUCACACGAGUAAUCUCAACUUGUGUUAGGAUUCAGCUUUUUUUUUCAUGUGAAUAAUAAUCUAGUUGUACAAGUGAUUUGUUGCUCUAUUGUUUAUUUUGAUAUUGUUUGUUUUAUUUUUGCCUUUCUGCUUUUACUUUCAUAAGUGUGUAGAAAUGUUAAGUAAAAUAUUGUGGACAGUUUAUAUAUAAAGCUGGUCGUAUUCUAAAUAAAAAAUAAAUGUCCAA